AUGGCACCAAUCCCACCAUCUCGCAGCAUGCCAGACAUCAAAGGCCUGAACAAACUCUCCCCAAUCAGAGCCCUGAAGCGAUCUUUGUCUCGAUCCCCUACAAAAGCGAGCCCACAACCAAGCCAUAGUCAUGUGCGUGUGAAGUCAAAACUGAAUCUGAGACAAGACAACAAAGAACCCGCCGCCAACAACGACGCCUCAGCCUACGAUCUGCACAGCGUCGUCCAGCAUGUUGAAAAGCUGGAUUUGCACGAUCCGCUCCCGGUCGCCACCAGCCCAGAAACCGACAGUGCCUUGACUGGCUCUGAAGUCGACCGUGAUGCCAAUGACGACGAUGACAAUGAAGAGCAUGACGUCGCCCCUGCCUCCAGCGAGCUGUCCAGCGAUGGCAUGGACCACCGCUCCAUGACCAACGAUCUUGAGUCCAGCACGACGUCUCCCCCAGAAUCAAAGAUCGAGAAAGCAUACUUCUCCGAUCCAGACUCCCGGCUCAACCUGUGCACCAACCCGGGCGAUCGGGCCAUCCACCUCUUUGGGCGUGCGCAGUGUUCCCUGUCCAACUAUGCCGCGGAGAUUGAUCGGCGCAUCGUGGGCAAGUCUGCCACGAGGGACUUUGCAUAUGAGCCGUCGGAUCCGAUGCAUGAGCGGGCAUAUGGGCAUGCGGAUGGGCAGAGCUGA